UUGCUCAUUAACAUUCGUUCUGGUUUGUUACUAUAAUCCGUGCUCCCUUGCGCUUAGUUCGUAUGGUUGCAGGCCUUCUCUCUUGUCACUGUUGAUGGAAAGUUUUGUUAAUAUGCUGGCAGGUGCAGCGGCUGGACUCACCGUUGAUGUGACAUUAUUUCCUAUCGACACAAUUAAAACCAGACUCCAAAGCUCUGAAGGCGGAAUUAGACGUUCUUUUAAAUCAUUGAAGCUCUUCUCUGGUCUAUCUGCUGUCCUUAUUGGCUCAGCCCCCGGGGGUAUGCCAGUCUGCUUUCACGUCAAGCUGCCAUAUUCUUUACUAGUUACGAAUUCGAUCCUUAGAGAGAAUGGGCUGAAUAAUCCAUUGUUCCUGUCGAUCGGCGCAACGGUUGGAGAAAUAAGUGCUUGUAUUGUAAGAGUUCCAUGCGAAGUUGUCAAGCAAAGAGCCCAGAAUUGUGGUGAUCGAUCCGUCGUCCGAAUCUUUAGAGAGGCGGUUUCUUCUGAAGGACUUCGGGGUCUUUAUCGUGGGUAUGUUGGAACAGUCACGCGCGAAAUCCCAUUUUCACUUAUUCAAUUUCCUAUAUGGGAGACACUUAAGCUGUACGCAUUUCGAUGGGAAACGAGAGACCUUACGCAAACUGAUAUUAAAAACCGGCAUUUAUCCUAUACAGCUUCUGCGAUAUGUGGGGCUCUGUCAGGGGCCAUUGCUGGGGCACUGACAACUCCUCUUGAUGUUGCAAAAACCAGGAUUAUGCUUUCGAAGUCUGGUUCGCUUCUGGCUUCUGGUAAUGUCAGAUUGGUCCUAUAUACAGUAUACAAAGAAAAGGGAAUUCGCGGACUUUUUGCCGGUGUUUUCCCACGAGUUCUCUUUCUUUCGAUGGGCGGGUGUCUAUUUCUUGGUGCCUAUGAUAUCGCCAAUGACCUCCUCAAAAAAUCAAUUUUGCCGUAA